GGGCCGAGCAGCGGGGCUGUCCCGGGCGGAGCACACCGCUCCUCCGCCCCCACAGCCAUGGCGGAACCCGUGGAUCCGCAGCAGCGCGCUGCUCCGCUGACGAAGCCCCCCACUCGCCGUUGCUUCCCCCUGCCCGCUGUUGAGCCGGUCCUCUUCCUGUCCACCCUGUCCAUGGCGCUGCAGGGCCCCCUGGCCACCCAGUACCUCUGGGACCGGCUGGGGGCUGAGCACGGCUACAGCGGCCACAACUCCAGUAGCUCCACAGGUUGUGGGAACAGCAGCGCCAGCGACCCUCUGCAGAAGGAGGUGGAAGCAUUGGUCUCCCACUGGAACCUCUACAUCAAUCUCGGAGGCUUCUUCACUGGGCUCUUCUCCGUCACGCUCUUUGGGCCAUGGAGUGACAGCGUGGGCCGCCGGCCGGCACUCAUCCUGUCAGCAGUGGGUAUGACCCUGCAAGCAGCCGUUUAUCUUCUUGUCAUGUACCUUCAGCUUCACGUCGCCUACUUUCUCCUGGGACGCAUUUUGAGCGGCCUGUGGGGAGACUACAACCUGAUCCUGGCCAGUUGCUUCGCCUACGUGGCCGACAUCACCGACAAACGCUCACGUACCUUCCGCGUCGCCAUCCUGGAGGCCUGCCUGGGCAUCGGGGGCAUGCUGGCCAGCAUCGGUGGGGGACAGUGGCGCAAAGCACAGGGGUACAUCAACCCCUUCUGGUUGGUGCUGUCUGCCAGUCUCGCUGCUGCUCUCUAUGCUGCUUUUUGUCUUCAGGAAUCAGUGAAGCAGCCCAAACCAGCCAAGCUGUUCACCCUCAGUCAUUACAAAGCUGUCUACAGGCUGUACACGGCCCCAGAAAACUUGAGCUCCAGGCGGGUGCUUGCUCUUUACUCCCUGGCUUUCUUUCUUCUUGUCACUGUACAUUUUGGAGCCAAGGACAUCUAUGUUUUGUAUGAGCUGGGCUCCCCUCUUUGCUGGGCUGCUGACCUCAUUGGGUACGGCUCAGCUGCCAACUACCUGGUGUACCUGAGCAGCCUGGGAGGGCUGCGGCUGCUUCAGCUCUGCCUUGAAGACACCUGGGUGGCAGAGAUAGGACUUCUCUCCAAUAUUUCUGGACUGAUUGUGAUUUCCUUUGCUACUACAACAGCACUAAUGUUUACAGGUUAUGGGAUUCUGUUCCUUUCCAUGGCAGCCACUCCAGUCAUCAGAUCCAAGCUCUCCAAAUUGGUCAGUGAGACAGAACAGGGUGCUCUCUUUGCUUCUAUUGCCUGUGUGCAAGGGAUGUGUUCACUUGCAUCUGCAGGAAUCUUCAACUCUCUCUACUCUGCCAGCUUACACUUCAUGAGGGGAUUCCCAUUUCUCUUUGGGGCAAUAAUUCUGCUUAUUCCAGCAGCUAUUCUUGGGUGGAUAGAAAUCUGGGACUCCAACCAUGACUACUUUCACUUCUCAGGUGCUUCCCCAUCCCCUGAAGAUACUCAGCAGCAACUUAGCAACAAGGAAUAAGCCAGCUUGUCAGUGUCCAUCUGAAGAAUACUCUUUAUUCUUCUCUUGAAAGACAGAUGGGAUGUGGGAGGAACAUCCUACUUGACCUUAAUGAUUUUUAAAUGCCAAAGAAUUGGAAAUCAUGUCUCUGACUACCAGAUGGAACUUGAUUUGCAGAUGUGAAGCUGUUGUGUUGGCUCAUCUCUCAGAGAAAACACAGGAGACCUAAAAGUAAAUAAAAAAUAAGAGCUAUU